GGAAAGGCUUGCCCAUCAAUUGUGCUCUAAUCUUUAAAACAUUUCCAACGGACCGGGGAAUGUGUUGCACCUUCAAUAUGGAGAAAGCCGAGGUUAUGUUCCAAAAGAAUAGAUAUUCGAGAAUGGUGACUCGGAUGCAAGAGGACGAUUUCAUUGGGAGCUUUGGUGGCCCAGAAUUGCCGAGUUGGUAUACCAACAAUAAUGAGCCCAAGAGCAAAUCCGGCAAAUUCAAAGGACUAACUCUGGUUCUGGAUGCCCACACUGACGUGGUCUCAGCUGGAACUGUGAGUGAGGAUUUCCAAGGUUUCCUGGGCUUGGUGGAAGAAAAUUCGCAAUUUCCGUUGGUCAAAGAGCGGAGUUUCCUGAUCCAACCCGGACAUGUUACGUAUGCGGCCAUAUCAGCGACAGGAAUCAUUGCGUCAGAUGCCAUUCAAUCCGUGAGCCCUGUGACCCGCAAUUGCUACUUUCCCAAUGAAUUCGAACUACAAGUGCACAGUAACUACAGUCGAGCCAAUUGCCUUUUGGAAUGUUCCAUGGAUUACGCCCGGAACAAGCUGGAAGAGAAGUGUAUCCCGUGGUACUUCCCUACGACGGAUGAGCAGGCCAAACCGUGCGAUCCAUGGCUGACCAAGCAAUUCUUAAACAUUAUGGAGCAAAUUCACGAUGAGACUUGUUCGUAUUGUUUGCCAGACUGUGAAGGAACGGUUAUCAACGACUACCACCAGCGCCCCAUUUCGGAGAUGUGACGUCAAGAACCUAGGCAAUAGUCAGUUGUGCUCCCUCGAUUUGGAGUCGUUGAUCAAUCCACCAUUUGGAGCAGUCAAGUAAGGGAAACAUACACCUCUGAAAGUUU